GACCCAAUCAUUUCCAGGAGGUGCCUGGCCUUGACUGGCAUUGUGUCGAGUACUUCAGGUGGUACUUUGAGACUCCAUUAUCUUCUCGAAGACCAGCUUUCCCCUUGUCCAUAUUACACCGACUUUGAUCAUCCUUUCGCCUAUACCUCUUAUAUAUUCUCUCCACACGCCUGUGCAUCGCCCUGGACGCCCAGAUGAAUAUCUCACACGCCUCCUCCUUUGCACGUCCCCGGCUCGCAGUCCCGUAUCGUGCAUUGCGACAUGUCGUCUGCCGUUCUCUCACCCGUCCAGCUGGAUGCUCUGCUGGACAUCCUUGUCCACCAUGAGACAUACGCUGAGGCGGAGAGCUUCAAGGACCCUGAGGCCAUCGAACAUUACGGCUAUCCGUUCGAGGCUUGUUGCCGCAAUGGCGAGGCUAGCGGAGGCCAGAAGUCAGCCUCGCCGUUGCUGCAGCUUCUCCUCACUAGGCUAGUCCUCACCAUGCCCGGUAUCAGGGACCUGUCGCCCGAAUUCUGGGCAGAUAAAUUCCGAAACAUCAUGAGGAAAUUCGGCGAGGCGGAACUGUCGGAGAGUUACGAUAAGGGGACAUUGGGGAGUAGGAAGAGGCUCGUCUCGGCUGCGUCGGCUAUCCACGAAUGCGUCACGAGAGGCCUGCUGAGCGGUGUCCGCCUACCUGACGACUAUCAACUCCCGGACCUCCGGGGAAAGUACAACUUGCAGGUGGCAUCGGACCUCGCCAGAGCCUGGGACGACGUGGUCCAGCACCUAGUGUACGGUAACUUGAUCGACGAGCUGUUUGACCAAUUCAUGGAGACCUCAAAUCUCGAGGGUCACUCGCCGGCAGUCGAGGCUGCCGUAAACCAUGCUGUCAUCUACGUUGCUACGUUCCUCCAUCACCUUUUCGUCCUGUCGGCAGAAGGACCCUAUUUGCUGAAGCUACUCGACAGCGUCCACACCUUAAUCCCGUAUUCGGCGAUAGGACAGACGCUCCGGAUCGGCAACGCGGGAACCAUGGUCAACGCCAUGGUCAGGCUGUUUUUGGCCAAGAUCAGUGUUGGGGCCUUAUCAAACUGGCUCGGUCUGACGCAGAACGCGGCCGACGGUAUGAACUUGAUGCAGAAGAUAAUAUCUCUAGUAUUAGAGUGGGAUACCGGUGAUUUCCGCAAAGCUGUCGACAGCAUCGAGAGAAGCAGUGAACGACCAAGUAAAAAACACCUGGCCGCGAUCAACGAGCAUCUGCAAUCCUCUAGGGAACAGCAUAACUUUAUCCGUGCGUUGAGUAAGAAGGGCCAGAUGUCGAUAAUCAUCGCCAUCUUAGAAUCCAAGGAUCCGGCCUUGGCAGAAUCUCUAACCGCGGCCCAACACACCCAGUGCCUAGAGUACUACUCUGCUCAACUCGCAAUAAGAGACAGAGAACAAAUAACCGAAGUUCUCUGUCGCCAGAACCCGGACCUGAUCACCUCGAUCGUGCGAGACCUGGUAGCAGUGUUUGAGCCCAUGAUCAGAACCAUUCAUAAGAAUGUGGAUAUUCGGAAACAUCUCGUGUCGGUCCAGAACUUCUUAAGCGAAUUGAUCGAUACCAGUAAGCCCAAGAAGCGGGAACUCGGCCAAGGACAGAGCGGCAUCGUGCCGCCUUCCGUUGAAGACUAUGUUGAUCUGCUAAACCGGAAUCGUCAAUUGGCCUACGAUUACCUCCACGACUUCGCCGAAGGUUGUCCGGAGUUACGGACAACAUGGCUCGAAUGGGCUAGAAAUAGCCUGAGGACAUUUGAGCAGACGCCCGGAGCUAACAGUACCACAUGCGCAGAGGGCAAGGACGCCAACGGAUUAGACGGUAUCAAGGUAGCUGCACAACUUCAGAAGCUUUUCAAUCAGGUUCCGAAGGAUAAGCAAAGUCGUGUUAAGGCCGCCAUCGAUGCACACGCAGGAUAUCUCUCAGCCCUGGAGGCCAUGUCACGAACACGAACGCAGAAGAUCCUUGACAAGACGGGCGCUCUUGAAAACAGCAAGGCUGGCGGAAACAUGGGCGGGCCGGGUGUCUACAUAAUACGUUGGCACCAUCUUCUCGAUGUUACCACCGUUACACCAAACACACCCAGGGGCCCCCCAAGAAAAGGUAGGGAUGUCAAGGGACAUAAGGCCCUGGGGAAGACCGGCGCAGUUGCACGUUCGGAUACCUGGAACGAGGGUGUGGCAAGGCAAGACGAACAAGGCGGACCAGAGCCUCCUGAUGUAUCCAUCGUGGUGGAUACGUUGGGUUCGGUGUUCAAGAAACACGUCGCGGACCUUGCGGCCAAAAGCAUAUCGGGCAAAAGCCAAGCAAAUAGGUAGGUGGCAUUACACGGAGCAUAGACAGACGGCGAGACAGAGGGGGGAACAAAAGGCUCUGGGUAUAAGGUACUACGUGGCUAAUGUCAUAGGACACGAUGGACGCUGGGUCACGGGCAAAGACAAGACGGCAGUGGCUGAAAACUAGACGAGGACGAUAAUAAAUACGAAAAAUCGAUUGACUCCAUGAGAAGAGCCCGAGACGCGGCGGUG